AUGAAUCAAUUGGCUUGCACUUGCGAAGACGAUGACGAUGACUUCAUGUUUGAGCAUGAUAAUACUUCGCACUGUUUAGAUUUAGAAUUACAACGACUUAAUGAAGAGAGUGUUCAAAUGGGUCUAUUAGUUAAUAAUAUCGAGGAAAGAACCAAGGAAGAUAUCGUGCGAUGGCAAAAGGUUUUAGAAGAUUCACGAUUUGAAGGUAAGGCGACUUUUCUUCAACGUAUAUCCCACAUGGUUUCCCCUGGAAGUGGUUCAAGUCCUGUAGGGUCCAUUGAUGAGAGAACCGUAAGCGCACAACUGAAGAAAACCAUGGAACGAGAUCUACAGCUGACGCAAGGAAGCCAAAGACAACACAAGUAUCGCAAAUGGAGAACUUGGUUCAAGGAAUGGGUUCAUCGUAAUGGUGGUAAUGAGGAGAAAAAAGAAAAUCCCGAAAAAUGGACCACCACAGAUAGCGAUUCUGAAGGAUUACUAGUGAUGAACUCGGUCAUUGUGGGGGGCAAUCAAAACUUAAGGCAACCACAUAGGGUGCAUUCUACCGUGCAAGCUCGUAAUUUUUCCGAUCAUGCCAGAUUGCCCUCAUCUUCGGUGACCUUGGCCGAACACAAAUAUUUGUUCGGUGGUAAUAAUACUGCUUCGCUUACCACGGGUAUUCGAGCAACCCACCAUAGUAGCAGUAAUGAAAGUAUUAUUAGCGAAAGUACAUCAGGUCUACAAAUUGCUCACAACUUGAAGUACAGUGCACUGACCCAUGGUCCCACGGUUCCUGCGCCUACGCCCGCGCUUGCACCUGUAACAGCACAUUACCAAGACAAUGUAAAGGGUCCCAGGUCAUCAUGCGAGAUUAGCACCCCACCUCUUCUGCAAUCACAAUCCAAGAAAUCUAAAUCAACGUCUAGUAUGUUAGGUUUCCGCGGACGCAGCUUUCGUAGUUUGCGUGGAUCUGGACAUAGUUUACGUAAACAUCAUCUGUAG